UCAAGUUCUGUACCACAGAAGGAGCAGUGCCUUGCGAAAGUGAAAGUUUGAGGUGAGGUCAUGUGGGAUAUUGGGACACUCAUUGAAAUGGCUUCCUGAUUACUGUUCAGGAAUUCUCCAGGACAAUAAGAGGAUUUCCAGAGAGGGGCAGAGCCAUGCCACCUAUUUACAGCAAAAAUGCUGUUUCUGUAUUAGAUAGGAAACCCAUUUAAAUUUUGCUGGAUAAAUUCCAUGUGGCAAAGUCCCCCUGAGCUGCAGGACCAGGAGAGAUCUGCUAUGAGUCUGAGCUGAUAAGGAAUUCCAGCUUUCAGACACCUCCAGUUCCAUCGAGGAGUUCACUCCAGCUGAUUUUGUGCCUCCCCCGUGUCCCCUCUGUGCCCCCACUUUUCCUCCCUGGUCCCUGUGGCUUCUCCCUGCCAUGGCCCCCCUGGCACAGACCCUGGCACUGCUGGCCAUGGCCACCACAGCUGUUGAGAUGGUUCCCCUGGACAUGGCCCAGGACUCCUUUGAUGACCAGUACCAGGGCUGCGGCCCUGCCAUGACCGCGGCGUUGCCGUCCCUCAACAGCUCCGAGUUCCAGAGGAACCCUCUCUUUGCCCAGGCCUGGCCUAAGGCCAUAGCCAAGUGGCAGAGUCGGGGGUCCCCUCUGUCCUCUCUGUCGUCCCCAGCCCAGGCCAUCGCCCUCAUGGCCUACACGAUGAAUGACCUGUACGAGAAUUUCAACCCAGCCGUGCGCACGGCUGGGCGCUCCCGCCAGGAAUACCGGGACAACUUCCACUUCAAAACGCUGCAUUUCCUGCUGACCCAGGCCCUGGUGACACUGAGGCAUGCUCAGGGACGGCAGUGUCACAACGUUUACCGGGGGGUGGACGGAGUCCGGUUCAAGGCAAAGCAAGGUGACAUUGUGCGGUUUGGUCAAUUUACAUCGGCUUCACAGAGUGAAGAAACUGCUAUGAGAUUCGGGAUAGACACGGUGUUCCAUGUGCACACGUGCCAUGGUGUGGAAAUCCGGGAAUUCUCCAACUAUCCCGGCGAGAAGGAGGUGCUGAUCCCACCCUUUGAGACCUUCAAGGUCGUUGAAAUCAGCGAGGAAGAGGACAGUGCAUGGAUCCAGCUCCACUCCACCGGGACCUUCAGCAACUACAACUGCGAGUGGCUGGGAGGUGACACCACAGGUGGGAGCGUCCCCAGGGCUUCCUUCCACCUCGGAGGACUCCUCUUGACUACCACGGCCUUGGCAGUGGUCACCGGGAUCCUCUGAGCCACAAGGCCACCAAGGCCUCCAAGGUCACUGUGGUCCCUGUGCUGACCAUGGCCACCAAGAUCACCACGACUCCCUGAGCCACAAGGCUGCCACAGCCACUGUGACCAGUGCGGCCACCAAGGCCAUUGUGCAAAGCAAUUCUAUUAAUCUAUGCUACCAUAAGAAUUCCAUUAAAU